AUGUCUGACGCGAAGGAAGGGACUCCAAAUAGCGUUGGUAUAGGCUACUUUCUCAUGCAGCCUAAGAUGGAACAUGACCAUUGUCAGAUAUAUGCGGCUAGGGCGUUCUAUUGCGAUUCGAGGCACAAAGCACCCUGUCUCCUCUACUACAUCCAGGACAAAUGGUUCGACGAAGUGCCUCACAUUCGGUGA